AUGAUCCAGGCAGAACGUGAUCUGUGGGGGAAGCAGUUCAACGUUUCACUGGCCGUCGAAGAAGAAGGAACUGGCGUUAUCCAGCAGCAUCAGAGGAUCAUCGAUAUCUCUAAACAGCAUUUCGAGAUCGCAUUCGCCAAUUACCGCGACACUUUCAAAUUUGACGACACCCGUCCUUACACUACAGACGUGUUUAUCAAAAGAAACGACAACGGCAAACCUGCAGCUGGGAAGACAGUUUUGGUGCUUAUCGACUAUGCUAAGUCCGAUUUCGCGGAUUAUUUUUACAAAAAAGAUCAAAACUACACGACCGACGAAAAUGGUAAAAUCACUGUUUCUUUCACCCCAGUUAAAAACUCGAAAAUCAUCACAAUCCGUGUAGAGGUCGCACCAGACAACAAAAUUAUAACAGGUCACCAUCAAAUCAUGGUCGAGUCCUCGGAAAAAAUCAAACUGAAAGCGGUUUCUUGCGAUGCGCCCGCGUUGGUCAAUGUACAUUAUCGAUACGUCACCGAGUGUGACGGGAAUGGCCAGUGCUCGUUAAAUAACGACGUGUCGAAAUUCGCGUACUCAAUCAUCACAGCCGGAAAGGGGCUCUACGAAUCGAAAGUAUUAUCGCGUGGCUCAGCAGAGGAUCAGUGGGAUGAGGCCGAUGUUUCAAAAGACGGUCGCGUCCGGACGACGAGUGGCUCGUUCACCUUACGGCUCGAUAUUCCGAUUCCAAACAGGAACUCCGUUAAGCUUAUUGCUACCAUGACACUGGAGAAGUCUGCUCUUGAGUCUUCUCUCGUCACCGACAUUUCCGAAAUCGACUUUGAGGGAUGCCUUCCCUUCGGGGUCGAUGCUAGCUUCGACUCCAAAACAGCUGCGCCUGGAGACGAGGUGCGAGUGGAAUUAAGCGCACCUGGCGGGUCGCUAUGUCUCCUUGGCGUGGUCGACCGCGGUGUUUACGUGAAGCAACGAGGCCAAAACACAUUCAGCAAGAAAGAUAUAAUUGACGGGAUCAGAAAUCGAACCGAAUUUCCAUACAACGCUCGCCUGGAUUUCACCAAAUGCAACGGUCAGCGCUUUAGCUCGCGAAGUAGUAAUCAGCCCAAUUCAAGUAAUUUAUACGACUGGGAAUCAAACGAAAGCGACGCCUUGCAGCCUCUCACGUAUGCUAGCGAGGUUCAGCACAGGUUUAAGCGAUCACUUCACGACGGCAGUGACAAACUCUCGGACUACAAAUUGUCAUAUGAUGCAUUUCUCGAAGGAGAUCUCAACGUUUGGAGCAACCUGCACAUUCCUGUCCGACAAUGCGAAGGCUCCGCCGACAACCAUUUUACUUCAAACUCUGGAAUUCGGCCCAUGCGGCAACUCGCACUUCAGGGCUUCUUUGCGACGGCAGAAGGAGUUUAUACGAACGAAAUCCAAGUUCGCAAUUAUUUUCCAGAAACAUGGCUUUGGGAGGAUUACAUUAUUCCACUCACGGGAAAGCGUGUUGAAAAUUUUAAGGUGCCUGGAAGUACCACAACUUGGAUUGGGAACGUCAUGUGUCUACACCCGACUCUGGGCGUUGGAAUUCUAGAGCCGCAGCUCGAACUGGAAGUCUCAAAAAAUUGUGACGGAGCCCGUAGAGUUACUCUUAAGGACCAAGUUCCAACAUUUAGCGAGACGAUUUCUCUGCCGUCUCCUUCCGACGCAAUAGAAGGAAGCGAAGAAAUCCGAAUUUCUGCGUCAGGAGACAUUCUCGGACCCAUCGUUCCGAAUAUCGAUGCACUAUUAGAGGAGCCGAUGGGAUGUGGAGAACAAAAUCUCGCUCGACUCUACCCAAAUGUGCUCGUGCUGGAGUAUCUUGACAGGUUGGACAUUGAUGACCGCGAGCUAGAACAACGGGCCAUUCGAAAUACACAACUUGGUAUCAGCAGACAGAUAAAAUUUCUCAUGUUCGAUGGAAGUUUCGUCAUUUUCAAGCCCGACCCGUUCUGCGUUCGAUCUUAUCACAAUUACAGCUUUGAUGAGGCUCUACUUCCUUCACACCCGAUUUGCCAGCAGUCGACGCUCGAUGACACUUCCACAUGGCUAACAUCGUUCGCAGUGAAAGUCCUGGCUCGCGCAGAUCGCUCCUCGAAGAACGUGUUCGUCGACUCCCAGUUUUUGCUAAUCAAGCCACUUGAGUGGCUAAAGAACGCGCAGAAAGAAGACGGCUGCUUUGAAAUGGUCGGCUUUGUGCCUCGAAAUGAUUCUUACGAAGAUCCUCACAGCCGACAACUCGCAAUGAAUUCGUUUGUCUUGGGAAACAUCAUCGACGCCACUAAAUGUGGAAAAGACUAUGUCGAAAGAAAUUCGUUUUACAAGAAUGUCAUCAGAAAAGCUAUGGGCUGCAUCACCGAAAAAAUAGCGGAUGAGACAAUGAUCAACCCCCAUUCCGCCAUUUUGGCGCUUCGGACAUUCGCGCAAUUCGUUAACAAAUGUGAAGAACAGGAUAAUGACGAAAAGCUAUGGAGAUCGAUCGGAGGGUUUGUCGACCGACUAAUUGGUGUUAUCAGGAAAACAAUCGAACUGGAUCCAAGAAACACUUACAUGAGCUUUGACAUCAGAAAAGGAUCCAUUGCAGCUCAAAUUGAAGCCACAGGACUGAUGCUUUCUGCUUCGACGGAAUUUCUCUUCGCUCCAAUCGCAAGGCGCAAGAAAGCUUUAUCGGCUCUGAAGAGUCAAAACGCGGAUUUCAUCAAUUUCAAGAAGAAUUGCAAAUAUAUGAUCAGCUGGCUCGUUGGCCAAAGAAACAGAUUAGGUGGAUGGCGAAACACGCAAGAUACAGUCGCCGCAUUGGAAGGAAUCCUCCAUUACACGCAAGGACACGGGAAAAGCAAUUCGCGGCGAAUGAGCACUAACGAAAUGACAUUGCUUUUUGGGAAGGAUUUUUUAAAAGAACAAUUAAAGGGUAGCGCUAAAAACGAACAUGUCCGAAUUCACACGAAUCAUUCUGUUAAUUUUAUUGAAAAAAACCCUUCAAAAGACUCGCAGCAGUCCACAAAGUCCCUUCAGAUCGGCCGCGAUAAUUCCAUGUUGCUUCAACAGACUCGUGUUACCGGCAGUGUCGAUGAGCUGCACAUCAAGGCGGAAGGGAAGGGUUGUGCAAUGAUUCAGAUUUCAAAAUCGUACAACGUACCAAAUACGAAGUACGCGUUAGAAGGCCUGCACCUGGAAGUUUUCGUCAGAGGAAAACCAAACGAGUGCAGAUUGAAGAAAGACCGACAACUGACAGUUUGCACUAGAUACAAAUCUGCCGCCUCGAGUCAGCUUUGGACCAACAUGGUUAUCGUCGAAGUCGAGAUCACCUCUGGCUACUGGGUCGACUACGAAUCACUGAAAAACGUGGUGUCUGGGGGACACCUGGUUGGAAUAAGGAAGUACGAGAUUUCCGAAGACUCGCCAAUAAUCGUCUUUUAUUUGAAUACAGUUGGGCCAGAAGACAUUUGCCUCUCGCUUCAUAUAAAACCAAUUGUUGAAGUUUCGAACGAAGCACCAGCUAGAAUUUCUGUGUAUGAUUACUACGACGAGAACCGGAAGGCGGUGGCCACUUACUCACCUCUCUGCACAGACGAGACUUGGGGCAAUUCUGGCUACUGCGUCAAUUUCUGCAAACAGUGGUUGGAUACACCUUCAACGAACCCCAGUCCGAGCGCCAAAUGCCGCCAAAGUGUGAUAUUUCGCGGAAGGCGCAAUUACUGCGAUCUCUCUGAGCAAGGACGGUGCAAAUAUGGAAUGUGCCUGACGACUCUGACUUAUUACCGCUGCGAGUGCUCCGACGAACGUUUCGAGCCGGACGCCUAUGGAACUAGCUGCCAACCACGUGAUAAGGGCCUCCUUAAUCAGUGGCGUCGCCACCUUGAAGACGUCGACCACUGCAAGACCAGCAAUCCCUGUACAAAUGCUUUCUGCAUCAACCGUUUCGGAGGCUCAUACAUUUGCGAGUGUAAACAGGGAUACAGGAGGAAAACGCACGAAAUCUGCGAGGACGUUAACGAGUGCAAAACAGAGACCAACCCUUGUGGCAAACUGCUGUGUGUGAACACGCCAGGCUCCUACGAGUGCAGAUGUCCAGUAAGCACUCGCAAAGUGCAAAUAGGAAAUUUGCUCAAAUGCGAACCAAGAUGUCCGCUUACCCACAGGUGGAAAGAAGGCCUUCUUGGCGGAGCAUGUGAGCCACGAUCACCCACAGCCUGCACACAAGGCGCGAAUCCCUGUGGAGCCGGCACCUGCAUUCCGUUAAAAUUUGGACGACACAUGUGCAGCUGCGCGAAAGGAUUCAAGCUCAACGAGAACGGAAAAUGCGUCGACAUCGAUGAAUGCGCGGAGGCAAACGAAAAAAGAACGCGGCCUUGUGGUCUGCACCAAGCUGCGCAGUGCUUUAAUUCCGAAGGUUCAUUUAAUUGCAUCUGCCUCCAAGACAUGAUUUAUAACAAAAUGAAGAAGACUUGUGAAUGCAAAAACGGAACAACGGCAGACGGAAGGUGCAAGCCUGAAUGCCCGGAAAACCUUGAUCCGAUUGAUCGAGCGGUCCGUGGAUGCUGA